UACUCAUAGCGAGCGAGACAGAGAGACAGAGAGAAGAAAAGAACCUCUUUUUUACAGGGAAAAAGGGUUUGUUUAAUUCCAUAAUCGAUCUGUUGAUCUCUUUCUCUUUUAUCCCUUCAUCACCCUCUUGACAUUUUCUUGAAAAUCGACUUGUUUGGUUCUUCAAGUAUGGAGAUCAGAAGACAGAGUUUGAAUCCUUAUUUGGGUUUUUGAAUUUGAGAAUUGGGUGCAUGUCUUUUAUGUUUUAUAAAGAUUUUGAUUCAAAUUGAGUCUUUAUUGAAUCGAGAAUAAGGAAUAUGGAUUUGGAUAAUAUAGAGUGUGUGUCUUCUUCGGAUGGUAUGGAAGAUGAAGAGAUCCACUCACAAAUUACACACCAGUUCUCUUCAAAACCUCACAAUAAUAUGGGAAUUCCUCCUGGAUUGACUCCCGCUACAAGCGUUCAUGAAUUGUUGGAGUGCCCAGUUUGUACCAAUUCUAUGUACCCUCCAAUUCACCAGUGCCACAAUGGACACACAUUAUGCUCCACCUGUAAAACACGGGUGCAUAACCGAUGCCCUACAUGCAGACAAGAAUUGGGGGAUAUUAGGUGCUUAGCUUUGGAAAAGGUUGCAGAAUCGCUUGAACUUCCCUGCAGAUAUUUCUCAUUGGGAUGCCCUGAGAUAUUUCCAUAUUACAGCAAGCUCAAGCAUGAGACCUUGUGCAACUUCAGACCCUACAAUUGUCCGUAUGCUGGGUCAGAGUGCUCUGUUACAGGAGACAUACCUUUUCUGGUUACCCAUCUCAGAGAUGACCACAAAGUAGAUAUGCACACGGGUUGUACAUUUAAUCAUCGCUACGUGAAGUCCAAUCCCCGUGAAGUUGAAAAUGCCACCUGGAUGCUUACGGUGUUCCAUUGUUUUGGGCAGUACUUCUGCCUUCACUUUGAGGCAUUUCAACUAGGGAUGGCACCUGUUUACAUGGCAUUUCUCCGGUUCAUGGGUGAUGAGGCAGACGCUCGCAACUACAGCUACAGCCUGGAGGUUGGAGCGAAUGGGAGAAAACUGAUUUGGGAGGGAACACCAAGGAGCAUCAGAGAUAGCCAUAGGAAGGUAAGGGACAGUCACGAUGGGCUGAUAAUACAGAGAAACAUGGCCCUUUUUUUCUCUGGUGGAGACAGGAAAGAACUCAAACUUAGAGUUACGGGGAAGAUAUGGAAAGAACAACAGAAUCCAGAAGGUGGGGUUUGCAUUCCAAAUCUGUGUAGCUGAGAGAGAUUUUGUUUGUUAAUUCCCUUGGAAUGAAUAUGAAUGUGUUUGAUGAAUGUUGGUUGCAGUGUCAAAUCAAUACUCUCUGUUUCUGGUGUAGUUGAAGUUUCAGGUUAUUAAAUUCCUUCAUCUUCAUCUCUGCUGCUAUCCUAUCAAUCUUUUUAGAUCUGCAGGAGUAUAUACAUGGAACAAAUUACUUAACUUAUCUCCACCAUUUCUCUUGC